AUGGGCGGCCCGAGCGAGGCCCUCCUCUCUGUGCACGCAUCGGGGAAGCUCCACCCACCGCCCCGCCCCCUGCCGCCCAAGGACGUCGAGAAGAGGCACCGCCUCUCGCGCCCUUUUCCCGCCUCCCGCUUCACAUUCCCGGCAGCCCUAUCGACUGGUGACACAAAAAGGGGCGGGGAAAUGGGCGGGCCCGUCCGCUGAGCCGAGGGAGAGAGUCGGAGAGGCGGCGCUUGGUGACCGAAAGAGCCCAGAGGCGGCGGCGGCGGCGGCGGGUCUGUCCAAGGGGUGAGUGAGGGCAGGGAGCGGGGGUCUGCCGCCCCCAGGAAUGCCCUCAGGAGUUUCCUUCCCGCUGAGGGGCCUGUUUGGGGACUACCAUUCACACCAUCCCUCACCUCUUGCUCCUUGAUGGGAGUUGUAGUCUCGAAACAGCUGCGAGGCGACCCGACCCCGAAACAAAAGCGGGUCUCCUCGGGCUUGAGGGGAAGGAGCUGCGCUGCGCUCCUCUGCGGGGGGGGGGGGGCGGCGGCGAUCGGGGGUAUCGGGCCGUUGGGGGGGGGGGCUUCCUGGGGGAAAUGGCUCUCGAAGAAGCAGGCGACCCUCGCUGAGGGCGAGGAGGGCCUGGCUUUUUGGGGGGGCGUGUCGUCGUCGUCGUCAUGCCUUUGGCGGUCACUCUCUCUCGCCUUGGGGGUCCCGGGCAGUGGUGGGCAGCGCCUCCCUCUCCCGUGGCGGAGUUCCCGGAGUUGUGUCAGGGAUGACCCCCUCUUAGCUUUUUUGGGACUACAAUGCCCAUCAUCCCUGGCCACUGGUGCUGUUGGCUAGGGAUGAUGGGAAUUGUAGUCUCAAAACAUCUGGAGGGCCAAGGUUUAGGAAGCUUGCUAUAUAUUAAUAUAUAUCCACCUGGCUGCCAAAGUAUGCGAACCAGAGCCUUUGACCUUUACUGUUGUUUUUUUCCUGCCUAUAGGUUUGCCAAAAUGCAUUCGGAUUCCUAAAUUGCUCUGACAAGACGCUUGGGGAGACGAAGCGGUCCUGUGAGUAGAAGGCGCAGCGGGGAGGACGACUCGGGGCCAAUGCAGCAGCAAAAACGGCAGCCAGAGUUAGUGGAAGGAACCCUUCCCGUAUUCCUGUUCCCCACGGAGCUUAUCUUUUACGCAGACGACCUGUCGACCCACAAACAGGUGUUGACUCUCUAUAACCCCUAUGAAUUUGCCUUAAAAUUCAAAGGUGCGUCUCAGGUACAAUUCAAUUGAAGUGCUUGCUUGGGGAGGAGGGAUUGCCUCAACUUCCUUUUAUUCACUUUCUGACCUGCCUUUUGCCUGAAAGUCCCUGGGUGGGUUACAAUAACUUGGGAGUCUAGAUCCGGCAUGGCCCAACUUGGCCUUCCAGCUGUUUUGGGACAACAACUCCCAUCAUCCCUAGCUCACAGGGCCAGUGGUCAGGGAUGAUGUCCCCUCAAAGACUGAAUGGCAAGCCAAAUUGAUAAGAGUACUUACAAUUAGCAAGGAGAACGGGGUCAGGAAGAGGAAAUACAAAACAAGAAGUAAAUAAGGAUUGGUUAAUAAGUAAUAUCUCAAAGGGUACUGCAAUAGUAAAAGUUUUCUGGUGGAUAUUGAAUGAGCGUUGUAAUACAAAGUACACGUUAGAUAAAGUUAAAUUAAGUUAAUGUUCUGCCAAGGGCAGGGUUUUUUCUAGAUCUGGAGCCAAUAAACACACCAGUGGAUGAAGAAUAAGUAAUGCUUUAUUUGCAUAAGGUUAACAGAUAGCAGCAGGCAUACAAAACACAAAUUACAGCAUACCUGACAGAAGUCACACACAAUCUCCCCUUCAGCUGCCUGGAGCUCCAGGUAAAGCAGCAAGAGAGACCCCAGCUAACAGUAUCUGGUACCUCAAUCUGUGAAGAAGCUCUGUGAGCCCCUUCAACCUACAGCUUUUAUAGCCAACUUUGAUUGACUGCACCUGGUUAGCAGGGAUCACUCAUGAUCAGCCUGGGACACGGGUUGUGACUCAACAGGAACGCGGAGCAGCUGAGCGUCUCCAACCCAAUUCACUGCAAUUGGGUAUCCUCCCCACUAGCCAAUCAGCACCUAGAACACAGGAGACCCAGGAAACUCCUGACACAGGUGUGUGGAAAACAAGUUAUACCAGCAUGAAUCGGCAAAUUUAAAACCAGGAAUGUAAAGGGAAAGAGGCAUGUCAUCUAGCUCCUUGAAAUUACAAUGGUCUUCAGCGUUUCCCCAACAGUUAACGAAAAACAACGUUGUGUAACUGUAAAUAAUAGUUUAUUUGAAAAUUAGUACCAUGGGUAUAGUUGGAAGUUUCUUUUCUUUGCUGACUAAAAUAUGAGCUGUUACUAUGUUUUUUACUCUAUUCAUUUAUUGUUCUUUUCUUUUUUCUUUUCUUUUUUCCCUCUCCCUCUCUUUUUCCUUUAUUUUUGUUAUUUUGUAUGUAUACGCUCACUACUUUUUAUGUUUGUUUGCUGGUAUUGCAUGUAUUUUAAGACUUUGCUUGUUCAAUAAAUUCUUUAUUAAAAAAGUGGUCAGGGAUGAUGGGAAUUGUAGUCCAAAGCAGCUGGGGGGCCGAGUUGGGCCAUCCCUGCGGUAGGUGAAGUAAAUGACGAAAAAAUGUAGAGCAGUCAUAGGCAAACUCUGUCCCUCCAGAUGUUUGGGGCUACAAUUCCCACCACCCCUGACCACUGAUCCCAUUAGCUAGGGAUGAUGGGAGUUGUAGUCCCAAAACAACUGGCGGGCCGGAGUUUGCCUGUGCCUGAUGUUGAGCUUCGCUUCUGUGCCAGUUCCUGGCAAUUGGCUGACAUCGAAUGACGACCCUUUUUCUUUUCUUUCAGUGCUUUGCACAACCCCAAAUAAAUACAUUGUGGUCGAUGCAGUGGGUGCAGUGAAGCCUCAGUGCUGCGUUGACAUGUGAGUAAAAAGCUGGUUUUGGGUUUGUUGGCUUGUAAUGAAUAGCAACCACUAACCUGCCUUCCAGAGGCCGAUCUUCCCUUUAUUAGAUGUAUAGUCCACCCUUAUCAAGACAUCUCAGGGUGGGGAAAAUAAAGAAAAAUGGUGCAGGAGGAACGUAGAGACCAAUGAAGUUUGUUCUGGGUCUGAGCUUUCGUGUGCAUGCACACUUCUUCAGAUACACGGAAACUGAAGUCUGUAUAAGGACUAGUAUGAAAAGAGGCCUCCCAGGCCCAUAUAAGAGCAGCGCAAAUAGUUGGGCCUGAUGAGCGUUUACUGUUCCCAACCCUAAUCCUGCAGAAAGCCAUCUAAUUGGAUUUUAAUUUGAUCCUGACUUGUUUUCAGGAGGUAAUUUCGUUAUUGCUUGAUUUUAUACCAGUGUUACAUAUUUGAUGUUAGCUGCCCUGAGUCCGGUUUUGGCCGGGGAGGGCAGGAUACAAAUCAAAGUUUAUUAUUUGUUGUUAUUAUUACCAGGCCGUGAUAUAUAGUGGGAGGGUGGGGCGGGGUUUUUCUACAAAGGGUAGUAGAACUCAAUGGGAUUGGUCAACCUGUGGGCGACUGUGAACGACUGCAAUUAGGCAGGCAGGAAAAAGCAAGGGAGAUUAUGCAGGUGAACAAAAAUAGCUGAAAUAAUAAAAAAAUAAAAAUUGUCUAGUAGCACCUUAGAGACCAACUCAGUUUGUUCUGGGUCUAAGCUUUUAUGUGCAGGUGCUCUUCUUCAAAUACACUGAAACAGAAGUCCCCAGACCCUGAUAUAUAGUGGGAGGGUGGGGUGGGGUAUUUCUCAGAAGGGUGGUAGGAAAUGGGUGAUUUUAUGGUUCCCAAAAGGAAACCUUCCUCCACUUGUCCAUAUUGAGAGGAUGCAAGCAAGCCUGAACCUUUCCCAAAAGGAAACCUUCCUCUGUCCAUAUUGAGAGGAAGCCUGAGAUAAGGUAAAUAGGGUGAUUUAGAAAUGCGAAGAUAAAAGUGAUUGCAUAUGGAAAUCAGGGAGGGGAACGGGAGGAAGGCAAAGCUCAAUUUGAAAAAAGAUAUAUUUGAUAAAGAAAUUUUAUUUGGUUGUUAUAAAGCAGGCAGCCCCAACAUUCGGCCCUCCAGAUGUUUUGGACUACAAUUCCCAUCAUCCCUGGCCACUGGUCCUGUUAGCUAGGGAUCAUGGGAGUUGUAGGCCAGAACAUCUGGAGGGCCACAGGUUGGGGAUGCUUGUUAUAAAGGAAAAAAAGAAAAUUUAAUAAACAUUAAAACAAAAAAAAGCAAUAACGUGUUAAAAACGGAAAUGUGGCCGUUCAUACUCUUCUCCCGUUACAGCAUGAUCCGUCACCAAGACGUCCAACCUUGCCACUAUGGUGUGAUUGACAAGUUUCGGCUUCUGGUCUCCGAGCAGAGCCAGAGGAAAGCAUUGGGGAGGAAAGAGGUCAUCGCCAUGCUGCUUCCGGCGGCGAAAGAGCCAAAGGAAGAGGAGGAGAAGAGGAUCACGGAGCACCUGGCAGAGAGCGUCUUUUUCGAGCAGGCUUUAUGCCAGCCAGGUAGUUGGGUGCUUGGAACGCCAUUGCUUUUUGGUGCUAUAUACCGGUACCUGCCUCUUUCUUUCUAAAAAUUGUUUUAUUUAAGCAUAUUUACUUUUUUUUCUUUAAACAGUUUUUAUUGGUUUUGCGAUAUAUACAUCCUUGAUGAAAUAUCUCUCCAACAAUUUCCCAUUUUUUCCUGCCCCCCUCCCCUGGACUUCCCUUCUCCUUCCACUUGGUUUUACUUUCAAUUUCUUCAUCCUGCGUCUUAUUUUUUUCUGCCGGGGCCGGCCCACUGUCCCUCAGACCUUGUGGGGGGCAGACUAUAUUUUGGAGACUAUAUAUAUAUAUAUUUGGAGACUAUUUUGUUUUAUAAAAAUGAACAAAUUCCUAUGCCCCACAAAUAACCCAGAGAUGCAUUUUAAAUAAAAGGACACAUUCUACUCAUGUCAAAACAUGCUGAUUCCUGGACCGUCUGCAGGCUGGAUUGAGAAGGCGAUUGGGCUACCCAUGUUAUAUACACUUGUGAAUGUUUACUCAAACCCUGCCAAUGAGUCCAACUCUUCGUGUUGUUUCUUCAUAUAUAUCGUAAAUGGUUCAAAAUUCUUUUAAAGUCUUUGUUGUCCCUUUUGUGUAAUUUAUCUGUUCAUUUGGCUAAUGGUGCAUAUCCCAGGAGUUUCUCUUGACACUGUUUUUUCAUUGGGCUUUCUUCCAUCUUCCGAGCUGGUGCUAGUAGAAUUCUUGCCGGUUUUGUUGCACACAUAAUUUCCAGUUGUCUUUUCUUAUUUCUUUAAGUAUAUUUACAAGCAGACAAUACGGAGGCGCAAGUUGCAGCUAUAACAAAGGUGGCAUUUUUUCAUCUCCGCCAAGCUAAGCAGUUGGCUCCUUACCUCCCUCGCCCUGAUUUAGCCACUGUGAUCCAUGCAACGGUCACCUCCCGGCUUGAUUAUUAUAACUCGCUCUACGCGGAGCUGCCCUCGAAGCCGACCCAGAAACCCCAGCAGGUGCAGAACACUCCCCGCCGCAGGACCACAUCCACCCAGCACUAUGCCAGCUGCACUGGCUCCUGGUGGAGCACAAGGUCAGGUUUUAGGUGCUGGUUUUCACCUUUAAAGCAGGCAUCCCCAACCUGUGGCCCUUGAGAUGUUUUGGCCUAUGGCCAAAGGUUGGAGAUGCCUGCUUUCAAGUAAGGUUUUCCAAAGAAUCCAGGGACACUUUUUUUUGAAAAGAGGAAAAAAAAGCUAUUAACAGAAAAGUUACUUUUUUAAAAAAUUAGAAGUACCCUCUUUUUUGCCUUCCUCUUUCUCUUCCUUCUCCUCCUCCUCCCUGUGUCGGCUCCGGGGUAUUUCUUGCCCCAGAGCGCCACUGAGCAGUCAGCUGGGUGGCCGGGCGCUCUUGCCCCCGGCUUGAUUUGGGUCGCGGGGUGUGUGUGUGUCAGCAGUUCCCCCAGUCGACAUGCCGGGCGUCCCCAGUUCCCCCUUGGCAGUGGCGGCGGCAGUGGCAGCCUCAGCAGCCAUAUGAUGUGCCUUGUGCCAUUGAACCAAUCACACCACGUUCAUUCCCUACCAAUAAAUCAACAACAAUAUAAAUCCAGGGACAUUAAAUCUGGGGACAGGUUUGUAAAUCCGGGGACUGUCCCUGGGAAACGGGGACAUCUGGUAACCAUAAUUUAAAGCCCUAUACUAACGUUACCGGAUUCCCCCCCCCCAUGAAUCCGGGGACACUUUUCAACUUCAGUUUAAGGGGAUAGGUUUUGUCAGGGGACCGAUUUGUAAAUCCAAGGACUGUCCCCGGGAAACGGGGUCGCCUGGUAACCUUACCCUAUACAGCCGAGGGCCCUCGUACCUACGGAACCACCUCUCCUGGCAUGCCCCGUGGAGGACCUUAGGGUCUGCAAAUAAUAAUAUCUUGGCGGUCCCAGGCCUCGAGGAAGUUCAACUGGCCUCAACCAGGGCCCAAGACCUUUACAGCUUUGGCCCCAGCCUGGGGGAAUGCUCUAUUGCAGGAGACCAGGGCCCUGCAGGAAUUGACGUCCUUCCACCAGAGCCUGCAAGACGGAGCUGUUCCACCUGGCCUUCGGUCCGGGCCCAGUUUGAACCCCCCCCCCCUCUAUGGGACCCUGUAAGUUAUCUCUUUGGCCCUUUUAUCGGCUCAUGUGGGACCAAAACGGAUAGCUGGCCCUUACGAAUACUUGAGGUCCCCGACCCCUAUGGUUGUAAUUCAUGGGCAGCCAUUUAAGUUUAUCCUGGUUCUAAUUUUUAAGCUGUGUUUUAAUCAUUUGGUUGUGUUUUCAUGUAUUUGAUAUUUGAGGUUAGCCGGCCUGAGCUUGGUCUUGGCUGGGGAGGGCGGGGUAUAAAUAAAAGUUUACUUAAUAAUAAGGUACACACACUUAACCCAGGCUUCCUCAACCUCGGCCCUCCAGAUGUUUUUGGCCUACAACUCCCAUCAUCCCUAGCCAGCAGGACCAGUGGUCAGGGAUGAUGGGAAUUGUAGUCUCAAAACAUCUGGAGGGCCGAGGUUGAGGAAGCCUGCACUUAACCACAAAAACCAGAGAGUAAAGGGAAGGGGUCAGGAAGGGGGGGGAAGGAUCAAGUACCACACCCAUUUGACUUUUUAAUGUUUUAUUUAAGCAUAUUUACAAACAGACAAAAAGGUACACACAGUUCACCCCCCAAAACCAAAGAGAGUAAAGGGAAAGGGUCAGAAAGAAAGAAAGGAAGGAUGGAGGACCAUACCCAUUUGACUCUCCUCCACCAGCACCCAGCACCUUGUAGUCCUUUAAAUUCUCAUUCUCACUGCAUAUCAUUUAUUGUUGCAAUUACUUCUUUUAUAGUACUAUAACGGUGUAACAUCAAGUCACCUUACAAGCUUAGUCUAGCAAAUGAUGGUAUGGUGUGCCUCCAAAUUCCAAAAAGGAAACCUUCCUCUGGUUGUCAAUAUGAAGAGGAUGCCAGCAAGGUCAAAGCUUUCUGUAAAAAAACAAGCAAAAAAACAAAAAACUAAGGGAUUUUAUGAUUCAAAAAAAAGGAAAACCUUCCUCUGGUUGUCAAUAUGAAGAGGAUGCCAGCAAGGUUGAAGCUUUCUGUAAAAAAGAAUGAUUUAAAUCAAGUCUUGCUGACUAGUGAUUUAAAUCCCUCCCUCCUCCUUGCUUCUCCCCACCCUGCCUAGAGGAGGAAGGGGGCUGGCUGAGUGCCAUUUUGAGCAGCCCCUCUCCGGAGCCAGCCCUUUCGCACUCCGCCGCCCUGCUGCUCCUGUGGGCCAGAGAGUGCAGCGGACGAGCUCGCUCUGCCUACUCACGAGAAUCUGCAGCAGUAGUGGUGGCAGCCUCCAGGAGGUAACUGCAGCAGGUGGGGCUCGGGAGGACUACUUGCCCCCCUCGCCUCUUCUUCCAGCUCCCCCCCCCCCCCCCGGUGCUGCUUCUCUGGCUCCUCAAGUUGCUAGGGAUGGUGGACCGGCCCACGGCAAAAAAAUUUUGCCGGCCCCUGCUCUAAUCCAUGGGUCCGCAAACUACGACCCGGGGACUGAAUCCAGCCCAAUUACCUUCUUGAUCUGGCCAGCGGACAGUCCAGGAAUUGGCGUGUUUUUACACGAGUAGAAUGCGCCUUUUUAUUUCAAACACAACUCUGGGUGAUUUGUGGGGCAUAGGAAUUUCUUCAUUUUUUUAUUGAUUUUUCAAAAUAUAGUCAAGGGACAGUGGACUGGCCCCCUGCCAGAAAGGUCUGCCGACCCCUGAAGUCCUAGCCAUUCUGGCAGGGUGGAUUUGAUGGGAAGCAAGAUUGUUUGGUGAAAUGAAACAUUUAGGAAUGAAGUGGAUCUCAUUUGUAGAUAAAUAGAUAAACUUUAUUUACAUUAGCCAAUGGCCAUAGCAACAUAAAACAAGCAAUAUAUACAAUUAAAAAGACAACAAUGGGUAAAAAGGGCCAAGAUUAUUGUUCAGAUAGUGUCCAUUAAUCUCAUUGCACCCUUGAUAAACCUAGCAACCUUUGCUGUUGUCUGAUCAUUUUGAUCUGAUAAAAGAAAAAACAAUGUGGCCACAGAUGGGCGGCCUGGGAUGGUAAGUAAGAGUGGGGGGGUGAUCUCAUUCCUCAGAUCUUUAUAAAGGGGACAGAACAGGACAGGAAAACAUGAGCCACUGUUUCCAGAUUGCCAUCUGCACAGGGGCAGAGUCGUUUCUCAGUUGGAAUCUUUUGGUAUCUGCCCUCAAGUACGGCAGAGGGCAUCACAUCCAAUCUGGCCAGUAUGAAGGCAUGUCUGUAUUUUGGGAUAGUUAUCUGGGAUAGUCAUUUGUACUUUUUGUUAUACCAGGGGUGGCGAACUCCCAAGAGACUGUGAUCCACUCAAUUAAAAACUGGCAGUGACAUACCCCUGUUUCAGGGGGGGUUCAGGUCUAAGUAGGUCACGAUCUACCUAUUGGACAUGCCUGUAUUAUACCAUUCAUAAAAACUGUGGACAAAAAAAUAUAAAUUUUACAGUAUGUUAUUUAAUAAGAGAAAAUUACCUGAAAAUGCACUGUAGGUGGUAUUUAGCACCAGAGAGAUUGGCUAAAAUGAACAAAUCGCUUGGUAAUAAGUGUUGGAGAUGCACAAAACAGAUUGGAACCUUCUACCAUAUGUGGUGGACAUGUCCAGAGAUCAGAAAGUUCUGGGACAUGAUUCAUGAAAAAAUAAAAAAGUUACUAAAAACUUCACAUAGUAAAAGACCAGAAACACAUCUUUUGGGAAUAUUGAACAGUGAUGCUGUAUUCCAAAAGAAAAAACUAAUUUUUUUCUGUAUGCGACAUCAGCGGCGAAAAUUCUGGUGGCUAAGUACUGGAAGGGUAACCAGGUACCGGCCAAAGAGGAAUGGUUAUGUAAAUUAUGUGAAUAUUUGGAACUGGCCAAAUUGAUGAUGGAUAUAAGAAGACUAAAGCCAAUGAAUACAGUCAAGAAGGAAUGGAAUUGCUUGAAUGACUAUUCAGAAAGACAAGGUUCAAAAGUAAAAAUUUGGCUGUUUCUAGAAUGACCUCAUGAAUAGAAAAGGGAAAAUAUACAUAUAUACAAAUCUAUAUAUUAAGAGGAAAAUAAUACUGAAAUACAGAUAAAAUAUGGUGAAAGGAAAUGUGAGAGUGAUGGAAGUCUAAUUAUUAUUAUUAUGUAAAAUAGUGUUUAUUGUAUUGAAAUAUUAUACUUUUCUUUAUUCUUUAACUGUCUUUUCUUUUUCUUCUUUUUUUCUUUAUGUUUUAUUGGAUAUUUUUCUUUAUGUAUGGUUUUGUUUUGAUUUAUUUACUUUGCAACAUAAUAAAGAUUUUUUUUUAAAGUUUUGUUAUUUACUAAAUUCAAUAAAAGGGUGGGGGAAGAAAGGAAAGGAAAGAAAUUCUGCCCCUUUCCAUAAUGUCAAAUGCCUUUUCCUUUUUCUAGAAAACAGAAUUGCCUCAUCAGGGCCGAGUUUGCUCACCGUGUUCCUCGGAAUCGUGUGCAUUGCGGCUCUCAUGCUUCCCACAUUGGGAGAAGGAGGUUCCCUCGUGCCUCUCUACCUCCACUUAAGUGUGAAUCAAAAGUUAGUAGCAGCUUACGUAUUAGGUACGCAUCUUUUUGUCAUCAUUACAUUAUGUGAUUUGGGGCAGGACCAAGUGAAAAAAUGAAAAUGUGUAUAGAAACGUUUUAAAAAAACAACCUAUAAUCGAGUCACUGUGUGAGGCCCAUGCCAGCAAAAUUGCAACCAGCGUGGAUAAAGAUCAAUGGUUUUUUAAAAAAAGUUUUUUAAAAUCGGAUUUUUGAAAUAAAAUGCUUUUGGAGGAAGAAUCUUUCUAUAGUUUUCCUUUUAGGUUACAUUAUAGUCCAAAAGCUAUUCAUCAGGAAAUAAGGAUUUGUUUUAAGUUUUUAAUGUGUGCUAAAACUCAGUCUUAAGUUGUUUUUUAAAAAACGUUCAACCCCAUCAGUUAACAAACAUGGGUCCAUAUGCUAGCAUGUUAUUGCUUUAGUUAAAUAAAUGGUUUAAAUUGUGAUGAAGGAAAUGAUUCUUUUUCUCCUUUCAAUUAAGUACAGCAGAAAAGCUGUCCAAAUAGAAACAGUUAGCUUAUGAAACCUCACCAACAUUUCAUCAUUAUCUGUCAAUGUAUUUCGAAUAGUAGAACCAAAUCAGUCAUUUUUGAUAGAACUGUAAAAACGAUUCUGAAAUUUUACUGUUCCAAAAAGGAAACCUCCCUCUGGUUGUCAAUAUUAGGAGGAUGCCAGCAAGGCUGAACCUUUCUGUAACUUAUUCCAAAAAGGAAACCUUCCUGUGCUUGUCAAAUAUGAAGAGGAUGGCAGCAAGGCUGAACCUUCCUGUAGAAAAAAAUAUGAUUUAAAUCAAGUCUUACUGACUAGUGAUUGAAAUCGUGAUUGAAAUUGAUUUGAAUCCAAUCCACCCUGAUUGCAACUGAAAGUAUAUUUGAGCCCCCUGACAUUUCGGCGUUUGUACAAAGAUCAGUUGUCUAUGCAAACUACAUUUCACAAAUAUUAACAAACGUGCAUCUGGCUCCCGGUGAACAAGCUUUCAUGCGUGCCCCCCACACCUAACAAACCUCUCGGUGUGGGUUAUUUCUCGAGUUAAGCUAAAAUAACUGGAUUUUUUCCUCUGAUUCUUGCAGGUCUUAUCACUAUGGUCAUCCUGAGAACAUGA